AUGGAUUUGAAUAAUCCCAUUUUCUUCAAGGAAAGAGGCAAUAGCUUCCAAAGAAGUGGUUUUCGGACCGAAAAUAGGCGCAAAACGAGAAAAACUAGUAGCUCUACUGUAGAAGAUAGUCCUGUGGGUGAAACUCAUCAAACAGUGACAGGUUCAAGUUAUAACCAUAUAAUGUUUGAGAAGGUGACCAUAUUACUAACGCAGUUGCUUGUAUUGAUAUCAUCAGUUGCUAGCUUUGGAAAAAAGAUAUACCAGGAGAGAUUUGUAGGAGAGAACACUGUUGCAAUAGAGAGUGGUGGAUCUGGAACUUACACAGCUAACACGAAGAAGGGAAAAGAAGCUGGAGCCAAAGUUUCUGCUGAAAAACAUUCCAAUCUGGCUAAAUAUGUAACAAAUCCAGUAGAUGAUGAAAGAAUGUCUACUAAAUUAUAUAACGAUAGUCCUUCAUUGGACUUGAUUUCGAUCUUAUGUCCAGAUCUCAAUGCUUCGGACUCGGAGGAAAGUGAGUCCGAUGGUAAACAAUACGGAACUAGAAUCAAGUUGGUGAGGAAAAGAAGGACUACAGAAGUAAUAACCAACGAGUCUAUAGUUGAAGAUAUUCUUUCUCAGCAACCAAAAACUCCUUCUCCACGCUCUUCACUCACUACUUCUUCUGUUGAUUCCUCAAUCGUAUUCGAUACCAGCAGCAUCUACCCUUCAACUCCUAGCAAAAGGUCAGCGCAGCUCCAACCCCAGCAACAACCACAAUCUCCGGUCCAAAGUCCAAAUUCAUAUGAUGCUGCAGUGGCUCGAUACUACCUUCCUAGUAUUCCACCAAAACAUCACUCCCUCGUAGAUUCCCUCUUGUCUUCGUUCAAGCCAACGGAAAACUGGCUCUUUGACUUGAAGCGGAAACAAGAGCUCAUCACUAAGGAAAGAAUAUCGUCCACGUCUCUCAUAGAGCCACUAACUGUGGAGCAGCUAGCUAAAAUAAAGAAAGUGUGGAACUCGUCCAACCUCUCGAUUGUUGUCUCGUCAGCAUUCCAGAUUGAUAUUACAUGUAGAGACCUUCAGACCCUUUGCGAUGGGCUGUGGCUCAAUGACAAUGUAAUUGACUUCUACCUGAGUCUCAUCACGAAUGAUAAGCCUUCAGUAUUCUGCUGGACAACUCAUUUCUUCACAACCUUACAGUCCAAGGGAUACACUGGAGUUGCACGCUGGGCCAAGCGUAAGAAGUUGGAUGUGACUCAAAUGGAAUUAGUAUUGGUGCCUAUAAAUAUAAUGGGAACGCACUGGGCUUUGGCCGCAGUUGAUAAUAAGCUAAAAGAAUUCCAAUACUACGACUCCCUCUCAUCCCUGGGUAACUUGAAAGCGCUUCAAAUCUUGAAAACGUACAUGCAAGAAGAGGGUAAAAGAUUAAACUCAUCCAUCGACUUCAAUGAAUAUAAACUUGUCCCGCUUAUGGACUCUCCUCAACAGCUGAAUGGGUACGAUUGUGGAGUGUUUACCUGUACUUCUGCAUUUUUCGUUUCCGGGCGAAAGCCAUUAAAUUUUAGUCAAAAGGACAUGAAACUUUUAAGAAGAAAGAUGGCAUAUGAGAUCCUUACAAAAGAAUUAUUAUAA